AUGGACCCCCGUCUGUCCGUCUGGGUGCUGCUGCUGCUGGGUCCUGCCCUGGUUUUCGCGCUGGGCCCCACGCCUUCCCUGGAGACGCGUGAGAAGUUGUGCGGCCACCAGUUCGUGCGCGCGCUCGUGCGCCUGUGCGGGGGCCCGCGCUGGUCCCCCGAGGCCGGGAGGCCGGUGGCUGGCGGUGACCGUGAACUGCUACAGUGGCUGGAGAGACGACAUCUGCUCCACGGGCCGGCGGCCGACAGUGACCCUGCGCUGGCACCUGGCCUACAACCCCUGCCCCAGGCCUCUCACCGUCAUCGCCACCACCGGGCAGCUACCGCCAACCCCGCUCACCGCUGCUGUCUCAGCGGCUGCGGCCGACGAGACCUGCUGACUCUCUGUCCCCACUGA